UAAUAUUUGAACUUUCAGAUCUCAGAUUGUUAGACAUUCAACACAUAUAUAGGUACUUAUCUAAAUGGAUAAUCUCCAAGUGUUUUGAUGACUAGGUACUAAAAACUUUUCACAUAAAAACUUAUUCUUUCCAUAAUUUUCUUUUCAUAAAUUCUAGUGUCUGCAACAAGAGGACGCAAUCAUUAACUCCGAAUAAUGUAAAGCAGAGAGGAAAGUUGUUAAACGCCUGCACAAACACAAUAGCAACAAGUUUCACCCCGGCGCUCCGUCACCAAUUGUUAGCAGGCGUCCGUCUCGUGCCAUUGCAUAACUUAAUGCACCCCAUAAAGUUCUCCCAUUUCACGGCCAUUUGUUUUUACUACUUUCACAAUAAUUACGGCUGACUUUUUAAAUGAUCAUCUCAAGUAUUGUUCCUCGUUCUGAACUACAAGUCGAAAAUAUGAGAUAAGAAAAUGAAAUUUAACUUUACGCUAAUAAAACAACUAAAUGUUGGUUUGAUUUCGUGCUCUAAUUAAUAUUUCGGAAAAGUUUUUGUAUAAGAUGAGUUCAAUGUUGUUUAUAGCUUUAUGGAUUGUUGUUGUGACUGUUUGUAACAUUAAUGGUGAUGAGGAGACGCCUAUCGGGUCCACGAAGGAGUUGGACUACACGAUUUUGGCGGGAGAAGCAGAGACUCACAAGGGUGACAUAUUGAACUUUCUUAAUGAGUCGCGUGUGAGGGAACAAUACAAAACUUUAUACAACAACCUGUUAUCAAAGCUGAUGGAUGGCAUGAGCUCAACACCAGCACGAAGAUCUGAUCCAUCACCAGAGAGCAUACUAGCAACCUCGACUCGGCGCAUCGUGUCAGGUCGGAACACCUCGAUCGCAGCUGUACCCUGGCAAGUCUCCCUGAGGGAGAAGACCUACCCCAUCUGCGGGGGCUCCGUCGUCACUGAUGUGUGGCUACUGACUGCCGCUCACUGUCUCUUGAGAGCACGAGCAAGCGAGCUGAGCGUGCGCCUAGGUUCCUCAUGGAAGACCCACGGUGGCGAGAUGUAUGAUGUCAAGGAAUGCUACGUGCACCCCCGAUACGUCAGCAAGACGAAGACUAACGAUGUCGGCCUGGUUCGCCUGUACUCGCCGCUCAGGUUCUCUGCUAGAGUCCUGCCUAUUAGACUGGUGGCCAAGGAGGCCAGGCUGCCGGCCAAUGAGCCCGCUAUUGUUAGUGGGUGGGGGAAGUUGAAGGAAGGUGGUCCAAGCGCCACAUACCUGCAGUCUUCUACCAUCAGAACUAUUGCCAUGAAGCUGUGCCGUCGCUCCGGUCUGGACAGGAAGGCUAUCGACCCCUCCUCCAUGUUCUGUGCUGGAUCCUUCAGUCAGGCAUCUCCUGAUGCUUGUCAGGGUGACAGUGGAGGCCCCAUCGUGUACGAGGGGGUCCUAAUCGGCGUGGUCUCCUGGGGUCUGGGGUGUGCCCGGGGCAACUUCCCCGGGGUCUACACCCGCCUCUCCUACCCUCUGAUAUACGAUUGGGUGCACAGCCAUAUUACUAAGCAAACUGAAAAUAAUACAGUGCUAUGAAUUAAAUGGUUAUC